AUGCAGGCCCCAGUAGUGGUUAUGAACACGGGAGCCGGUGAAAGACAAGUCGGGCGAAAAGCACAGAUAUCCAACAUUACAGCGGCAAAGACGGUUGCGGAUAUCAUCCGAUCGUGUCUCGGGCCCAAAGCGAUGUUAAAGAUGCUGCUGGAUCCCAUGGGCGGGAUUGUUCUGACCAACGACGGCCACGCCAUUCUGCGAGAGAUCGAAGUGGCACAUCCCGCGGCUAAGAGCAUGAUCGAAUUGAGUCGGACACAAGAUGAAGAAGUUGGCGAUGGUACGACGACGGUCAUAAUAUUAGCCGGAGAAAUCCUCGCGCAAGCACUCCCACAACUCGAACGAAACAUCCACCCGGUCGUGAUCAUUCAAGCGUUCAAAAAGGCGCUCACGGACGCACUCGCGAUUGUCGAGGAGGUGUCGAUACCAGUGGACACAUCCAACGACAAACAAAUGACGACCUUGAUCAAAUCAUCCAUCGGCACGAAGACGUGCUACAGAUACGCCGACCUGAUGUGUUCGCUGGCAUUGACUGCCGUGCGGACGGUGGCUUUGGACCAAAACUCGGUGUCAAAUGUUGGACAGACGAACGGUGCGGGCUCGAAAUCAGCCACACCAACACCCUCGAAGCCGCAAGAAGUCGACAUCAAACGCUAUGCACGGGUGGAGAAGAUCCCUGGAGGCGAGAUUGAAGAUUCGCGGGUAUUGGACGGAGUGAUGCUAAACAAGGACAUUACACACGCAUCGAUGCGAAGAAGGAUAGAGAACCCGCGGAUCGUGCUACUCGACUGUCCGCUCGAAUACAAAAAGGGCGAGUCGCAGACCAACGUGGAGAUCACGGACGAGGACUCGUGGAAUCGGAUCCUACAGAUCGAAGAGGAACAAGUCAAGAAGAUGUGCGACGCCGUACUGGCAGUCAAGCCGGACCUGGUCAUCACCGAGAAAGGCGUAUCCGAUCUGGCGCAGCACUACUUCGUCAAGGCGGGCGUGACGGCCCUCCGUCGCGUGCGCAAGACCGACAACAACCGCAUUGCGCGGGCCACGGGCGCCACCAUCGUCAACCGGGUAGACGAUCUACAAGAAUCGGACGUUGGGACCGGUUGCGGCUUGUUUGAGAUCGAAAAGAUCGGCGACGAGUAUUUCACCUUCCUGACGAAAUGCAAGAACCCAAAGGCCUGCACGAUCCUGCUGCGCGGCCCGUCAAAGGACAUUCUCAACGAGAUCGAACGCAACCUGCAGGACGCCAUGUCGGUCGCCCGCAACGUCAUGUUCCACCCUCGCUUGUCGCCCGGCGGCGGCGCCACCGAAAUGGCCGUCUCGGUGCGUCUGGCCCAGCGCUCAAAAUCCAUCGAGGGCGUCAUGCAGUGGCCUUACCGCGCCGUCGCGGAGGCCAUGGAAGUCAUCCCGCGCACUCUCAUCCAAAAUGCUGGCGCGAGCCCUAUUAGGAUCCUCACUCAAUUGCGUGCCAAACAUGCCGAGGGAAAAUCCACUUUUGGUGUCGACGGCGAUACGGGUAAUGUCGUCGAUAUGAAGGACUAUGGUGUCUGGGAACCCCAGGCUGUCAAGAUGCAGAGCAUCAAGACUGCCGUCGAGAGCGCUUGUCUCUUGCUCCGUGUCGAUGAUAUCUGUAGUGCAAAGAGUGCGAAGCAGGUCGGUGGUAGUGGUCUGUCUGGUGGUGGCGGUGAAGAGUAA